AUCAAUCUGCCUUCGCAAGCUCAGUAGCCCGGCUACUCGGUUCUCCCUUCAUCUCUCCCUCGCGCUCCACCACUCCUGUUUGCUCCAUCCGUUAUGGCGUCCCAACUUGACCCAGGCCCUUCAACCAGCCACCCACUCUGGACGCCUCUUGGACCCUCUCGGCUGCUCCAGGCUGCUCUCCGGCUGGCUGGAUGAAUUGUGCGGGUGGCUCUUGUCCCUCAUGAUCCAUUCAAUACCGUCUCACAAAGCUCAGUUGUGGAUGACAGGCGCGAGUACAUACGAUCAAAGGCUAAUAUCCUCCCUGGCGUGGCAAGGCAUCCGUCCCGGUGGCUACAUCUCCCAUGUCCAGCCGGGGCCAUCACGGCAGAUUCCGGCCAACCAUUGGCGGCUCUUUUCUUUUCUCUUGAACUUUGAUUUUUCAAGGGCGUGUACAGCACGGGGGACCUCGCUUGGAGGCAACACUGCUUCUGCGACUGCUACUGCUACUGCUACUGCUAGUAUCUGGUUGGACUGUGCAGACUUGAGACACCUUUGUCGACUCAUCGUAUGCAUUGGCCGCUACGCCAACGCCAACGCCGCCAUCAGCGAUGUCGAGCCGACCCCCUGCCGUCCAAAUCUGGCCUGUGGCUUUGAGCACGUCCGUCAGAUCGCCUAUCGCCGCAGUUCGUCGCUACUCUCCAUGCUUGACGAGGCGGAUCGUCAAACAGCCUGUAUGCAAGUCAAACGUCGUUAUUGGCGUCGCCCUCUUGCCCUGCAUGCCACUCGUCACAUUUGCUCUCAAUCCCUCGCUCCAAAGAGGCCCUCCCCCAUUGAAAUUGCUUGGAGAAGCCAAUAUGUGAGGACACGAUCACCUGGGCCAUUGGGGCUAUACGACUCACCCGGCAGCUCCCCAAGAAAACAACCUCCUAAAAGGACACGAAAUUGCUAUGAAUUUUGGGGCCUCUGGAUGCACAGCAGCCCAAAUCUAAUAAUAUCAUCCACCACUUUGGGUGCCAUCAUCUAAGCAGAUGGCCGCCGCAGCCGCUAAAACACUUACAAGGGAAGACAAGCUAGCGGUGAUAGGACCACAGAUCCAUCACGCGCCCGGGCUUUACAGACGUCAAAAUAAAAGCAAGCCGCUUGUUGACGCUUAUGGCUUCGGGCUAGUCAAGGCCAUCGAUCCCAGGCUUCAAGCACCUAGUAUUAGUG